AUGCCUGCUGCAUCGAAACAGAAGUCACCACCACUGAAAGCACUACAAACUAAACUUCGCGGCUUGCAGACAUCUUUCAACAAUAUGUACCAGUUCAUGCAACUGUGCCGUACCGAUACUAAGCUGGUAGAGGUCAACGUUCGACUGGAGCAGCUGGAUCCAAUGUGGGAUAAGAUGAUAGAGGCCCUUGACGAACUAGAAUCUCACGAAGAGACACCCGAUAACACCGAAGACUUCGUUAAAGAUCGGAUUGACUUCGAAAAUCGAUUUUACGAAUUGAAAUCGUUUCUCGUCGACAAAAUUAAAGAAGAUGGUGAUACAAGUGCACUCAAUCAGACUACUCGCUCACUCGAUAAUGCCCCCACCGGUUCCACUCCACAUGUGCGUUUACCGCAAAUAACCCUUCCAAAAUUUGAUGGAAAAAUUGAUGAAUGGCUUACAUUUCGUGAUCUUUACACUUCUCUUAUACACUGGCAAGCAGAUCUUCCAGAUAUAGAAAAAUUCCACUAUUUACGUAGUCAGCUGGAAGGAGAAGCACUAGCGGUUAUAGAUUCUCUUCCUUUAACCAAAGCAAACUAUACCGUAGCAUGGGAACUGCUAACCAAACGAUACUCAAAUACUAAGGUUCUCCGUAAACGACAAGUUCAAGCUUUGUUUGAGUUACCUUUCGCUAAACGAGAGUGUGCUGCUGAUCUCCAUUCAUUAUUGGAUACAUUCGAAAAAAUCGUAAAAACCUUAGAUCAGGUGACACCUCAGCAAGCUGAUUACAAGGAUAUGUUGUUAUUACACCUGCUGAGUUCUCGUUUAGACAAUGCUACAAGACGAAGCUGGGAAGAAUGGUCAUCAACCAAGGAUAUUGAUACCGUGAAGGAUCUUACUGAAUUUUUACAGCGACAUAUUAGAAUUUUGGAAUCGUUGCCUAAUAGGUCCACUGAUCAGAAAAUGGAACCUUCCCAAUCCAAAUAUCCAAAGAAGGCAUCAACGGUGAAGGCAUUUAAUACUACGGUUCAGAACCCUUCGGCGUCGGCAAAGUGUGUGGCAUGCUCGUGUAAUCAUCCUCUUUAUCAAUGCCAAUCAUUUCAUAGCCUACCUGUACCAGAAAGAGAUGCACUACUACGAAGUAACUCAUUGUGCCGAAAUUGCUUUCGGCGGGGUCAUCAUGCAAAGGAUUGUAACUCCAAGUUUACUUGCCGACAGUGCAAGGGGAAACAUCAUACACUCGUUUGUUUUAAGGGGAAGGCAAACGAAGGCAAGCCGAAUAACAAUACGGAUCUGAAAGCGUCUGAUAAGAGUGAGGAAAUACCCGAAGCAAAGGUGGUCAAUCUGGCGACUACUACCAAUACUACUUUAUCCUGCAAUACGACUACUAGUUCUACGGGUGUACUCUUGCUCACAGCUGUCGUUAUUUUAGAAGAUGAUCAAGGUCAUAAGGUUCAUGCAAGGGCACUGUUGGAUAGUGCAGCAGAAUGCAAUUUGAUCAGCAAGAGGUUGAGGAAAUAUUUAUCAGUCAAAGAGGAAAGCAGCAUGGUCGAAGUAGUUGGGAUUCAAGGUUUAGCAACAAAGGUGCAUGGGAAAAUUACAGUACAUAUUCACUCUCGCGUGUCGGAUUUUAAGCAAACGAUGGAAAUGUUUGUUUUGACCAAGAUAGCUGCCCAAAUGAAUACAGCUUUAAUCGACGCUGCCAAAUGGAAUAUACCAAGUGGGAUAGAAUUAGCCGAUCCAAAUAUUCUCCAAGAUGAUCAUGUUGAUCUCGUCUUAGGUGCAGAAUUUUUCUUUGAAUUCUUUUCCAGUAACCGUCGCAUUCGAUUGGGAGAUAAUUUACCAUCGUUAGUUGACUCAGUCUUUGGAUGGGUAGUUACAGGACGAUAUGCUGUGAAUGCUCCUACUAAAUCGGUUUUAUGUGAUGUGGCACUUACGAGUCGGUUGGAGGAUAUGCUAGAAAGGUUCUGGAAAUGUGAAGAUGUUGGUUUGGAAACUAAUUAUUCGCCAGAAGAAACUAGAUGUGAGAAUUAUUUCCUUCAAACCACACAGAGAGAUGCUUCAGGUCGGUAUAUAGUAUCCUACCCUAGGAUUGACGAACUGCUGACAAAGUUAGGCGAAUCCAAGGCGAUUGCGGAACGGCGAUUCUUGCAAUUAGAAAGACGGCUCGGUCGCGACGUAGAACUCCAGAGGCAGUACAAGGCAUUCAUGCUAGAAUACGAAACUCUGGGUCAUAUGAGGUUGGUCUCCCAGGAAGAAAAGGCGGAUAUCACCCGUUGUUAUCUUCCACAUCAUCCGGUGGUGAAGAACGAGAGUACUACCACCAAGGUACGGGUGGUAUUCGACGCUUCUGCUAAAACUGCAUCAAAUCUUUCCUUGAAUGACAGUUUAUGUGUUGGACCGACCAUCCAAGAGGAUUUACGCUCGAUCAUCUUACGCAGUCGUACCCGUCAGAUAAUGCUUGUAGCUGACAUAGAAAAAAUGUUUCGACAGGUGGAGGUCUGCCCUCAAGACAGACCCCUUCAAUCAAUUUUAUGGCGUACUUCCGCAAACGACCCACUAUCAACAUAUGAGCUGGCAACUGUAACGUAUGGUACCAAGCCAGCUCCAUUCCUCGCUACCAGGACUUUAGUGCAACUUGCAAGCGAUGAGGAAACUCGAUUUCCUUUGGCAGCGACAGCGGUUCGAGAGGACUUUUAUAUGGAUGAUGCCAUAACAGGAGCAGACGACGCUAAUACGGCUAAAGAGUUGAGAAUUCAGUUGCAAUCUAUGUUGGAGCUAGGUGGAUUCAAAUUGAGAAAAUUUGCCUCCAACUGUGAAACAGUACUAAGCGGACUUCCGAAGGAAGACCUUUCGAUUCAAACAGAUGAUGGAAUUAGUUUGGAUAAUGACUGUAUGGUUAAGACUUUAGGUUUGAUAUGGAUGCCACACACGGAUGUUUUUCGGUUCAAAUUCGAUAUAAUACCACUCCAUUCUAGCGACCGAUUGACGAAAAGGAAAGUGCUAUCCAUAAUCGCCACCCUGUUUGACCCUCUGGGUCUCAUCGGAGCCGUCAUUACCCGUGCAAAAAUCUUCAUGCAACUUCUGUGGCAACUGGAAGAUAGUUCAAAGGGAAAGUUAGCCUGGGAUUCUCCUCUACCUACAAAUGUAGCAGAAGAGUGGAUUCGAUUUCACCAACAAUUGCCAUCGCUCAACAACAUUCGAGUUGAACGCUUAGUAAUGUUGAAACGACCAAAAUCAUCUCAAAUACACAUAUUUUGUGAUGCUUCGCAAAAGGCUUAUGGCGCCUGCGCAUACAUCAGAAGCGAAGAUGUAUUGGAAAGGAUUAAGGUAGCCCUUUUGUCGUCGAAAUCUCGAGUUUCACCGUUGAAAACACAAACCAUUCCUAAGCUAGAGUUGUGUGGAGCAUUGUUGGCAGCUGAGUUGUAUUCAAAGAUUAAUCGGAGCAAUAGCGGCAAAGAUGAUCAACAAAAGUUGCGCAAUCAUUCCUUCGUUCCUGCACUAUAUGAAAGAGGUUGUUUCACUUCACCCUGGACGGGCGGAUCGGAUGAUGCGAAGGUGAAAUCGAUCCGGGUUUCGGCCGCUAAUGGCAUUGAGUUGUUUGGUCAUUGUUCGAUGAGCUUUGUCCGUCGGCGCCAAGCUGGAAACCUUGACGUCAGCCCGAAGCGAGAUCAAGCCUCCGCGUGGCGUCAGGAAAUGAACCGUUACGCCUACUGCACCACGACUGAAUCCCAUCUGGCAACGUUCGAGAACGCGAGCACGGCGCAAUUGCAGUAG